AUGGACUGCUCCGAUGUUGUCAAUAAUCCCCGUGUGCUGAGUAUCUUACCUCUUCUUAAGCAAGAUGGACCAUGGAUAGAUAGGAUACUUCUGACGGAGGCUAUCUGGAGAAGAAAGUCUGCGGUUGUCAAUUGGUACUUUUCCUCGGGAAUUGGAGUCAACACCGCCCGCUGGCAUAAGAAUCAUACAUAUCCAGAAACCCCGCUUGCAGCUGCUGCCUCCGUGGGUGACAUCGAUCUCGUGAGAAAGCUCAUUGAUCUAGGGGCGGAUGUUAAUGAAGACCCGAAGGGCUUCUCACUCUCUAGGCCUUUAACAUUGGCAGCUGAAGCGGGGUUCUUUGGAGUUGUGAAACUCUUGCUUGAAAUGGGCGCAGAUCCUAACGCUCCGGAAGGGCAUUUGAGUGGCCGCCGUAGCUGGACAGCUCUAGAAGCUGCCUCGGUCAAGGGAAGACUAGACGUUGUGCAGCUUCUGCUUGAUUCCGGCGCUUUCACUGAAGGACCUGGUCAUCGGCAGUAUGUCAGGUCUAUCGCUUUUGCACGGAAAUACGGAUUCUAUGCAGUCGAGAAGCUGCUGAAGGGAUGUCGACGCUGGACCGAAGCUGAUCAAGACUUGCUCGAUACAUCCAACCUGCUGGAUGAUAGGACCACCGAUAGCUCUGAGCACAUCCCCGAGUACAUCUCGGAGGAGAGCUGGGAAGCAAAUUCCGACGACAAUUCCAAUAACAGCGUCAACUCGCUCAGAUAUUACGCUUCCGAGGUUGAGAACAGUGAGGUGGACUCAUAUACCAUGGAUGAACUCGAAGCUGAGAGUGAAUUCGCAGGGCAUACUUGGUCGUAUGUGGAGCCUGCGGUCAUCGUGGCACCAAGAGAGAGAACGGAGAGCAUGUUUCCAAAGCCCGAAGAUCUAAGAUUGCCUGACAACCAUGAAGUGUUGUUCAAGGACAGCGAAAUUAGAAUAGCGGAUGUGUCUACAAGCAGUGAAGCACCACAGACAUUCCAAAGGUUGAAGACCGACGGUUUGAGCGAACCAAUUCAUGUCCAAGAGAAUAGCAGUGACGCCUGGAUGGAGAAGUACGUUUGUUUUCCCUCGGGCACGCCCUCUACUUGGGAGCAUAGCGAUAUUCCCUAG